AUGGGUGAAGCAGCGGGAUGCAAUGCCUCGCAUCCUCUCCAUGUAAUAAUCAUCGGCGCUGGCCUUGCGGGCCUGGCCACCGCCCUCUCUACCAAGCUCGCAAACCCCUCCCAUCGCGUCACGAUCCUCGAAGCCGUCAAAGAACUUCAAGAAGUCGGUGCAGGCCUCCAGCUCACACCCAACGCAACCCGCCUUCUUGAAGCCUGGGGCCUGGGCCCGACCCUUUCCUCCCUCGCGACCCGUCCUUCGGCCCUCUCCGUCCACCGUUACGACGGCACCCGCCUUCUCGCCCACGAACCACGCCUCCAGGAAACCAUCCAGUCCCGCUACGGCCAUCCUUUUUGGGGGCUCCACCGCGUCGAGCUUCAGCGCGCCCUGGUCGAUCGAUGCACCGCCCUCGGCGUCGAGAUUCGCCUCUCUGCCCGUGUCCGCUCCGUAGACUUUGCCCGCGCCGUCGUGACCAUCGCCCAGGAAGACAACGAUGACGCCUCCGGAACCCACUCGGUGGAUAUCGGUGGCGACGUCGUCGUCUGCGCCGACGGCAUGUGGUCCACCACCCGCGCCCAGUUCCUCGGUCGACCCUCACCUCCGGCGCUGACAGGCGACUUGGCUUUCCGCAUCGCGAUCCCGAUAGACUCCCUCAGAGGCCCCCACAAGGCCGAGCUUGAAGCCUUUAUCAAGUCGGAGACGGUUCACUUCUGGAUCGGCCCGCAGUCCCACGGCGUGUCUUACACCGUGAAACAGGGCCGCAUGCUCAACCUGGGCCUCCUGUCGCCGGACAACCUCCCCGAAGGCUCGACAAAGGUCCUCGGGGACGUCGAGGAGAUGCGUUCCCUCUUCUCCGGCUGGGACCCCCUCCUCCGAAAGCUUCUGGACCAGGUCCAGAGCGUUCAUAAGUGGAAGCUAUGCUGGAUCGAACCCCUCUCCCAGUGGGCCAGCGACGACGGGUCCUUCUUCAUGGCUGGGGACUGCUGCCACCCGAUGCUCCCCUAUCUCGCACAGGGCGCAAACUCCUCCCUGGAGGACGGUGCCGUGUUGGGCUACAUCCUGGGAAAGGUUGGCGGGCGCGGGACAAAAGCCGCGCAGCUACCUGCCGCAGCGGCCAUGUACCAGCGCCUCCGCAUGGCUCGCGGGCAACGCAUCGUUAUGGAGUCGUUCCGGCAGCGCGACGACUUCCACAUGCCUGAUGGCCCAGAGCAGGAGCGCCGCGACCAGGUCAUGGCGGCGUCGCUGGGACCAGGGGCGGAGCCACAGCCCGGGUUUCCUUCGCGGUGGACGUGUCCUGAGAUCCAGAGGUUCCUGUAUUCGUAUGAUGCGUACGCAGAGGCGGAGGAGGCUUAUAAUCAGGAUCCGUAUUAG